CCUGCAGUGAGACGGAUCUGGUUCGCCAGGCUCCCCCUUGUGGAUCGGCGCCCGACACUGAGCCGCACCGCUCCCGACGCACCCAUCCACGCUACCCGCCGCGCAGGGGUCCCGUGUACGUCUGACACCAAAACCCUAGAAACCCCUCCGCGUGCUGACCGUACGAGCGCUCUUCCGGCUGGAUUCUAAAAGCUACCGUCUUUCGUGAAGGAUUUUAACUACUUUGGGAUUUUAGAGGAAGCAUUAAGAGAGUUUUGUAGGUAGGUGUUAGCGGUUUGCGUGUUAGCAGUCGGCCGGUCGCCUCUUCGGCACAUCUGGAUUCUGCCGGCUGCACGCUUGGAUAGCGUCUGUCACUUAUCCACGCACGGUGAUUGAAGGACUAGGAGCCUGUGUCUCUAGAGUGCCGAAUCCCCGACUCAUGCGCUGCUGAGCAACUUGAGCGCUAGUACUAGUACCCACUCUCAUUCGCGGGCGCUCUCUACGUGACAGGGAUUUCACAUACGAGUACCAGUACAAGACAAGGGACCUACAACCGAAGCGAGCACAGCUGGACAUCAUACGAUUCACUGACGUGAAAAAUGAUAUCAUCUAUCUCUUGUUUGCAAAAAGAAAUCAUUUAAAAUGAACAAAACCAGCUUUUGCAACACAAGAGCGCGCGCGAUGUAGUACGGUUUGUAAACGGAAGGUCCAUUCAGCACCAAGGACGGGGAAGCAGAUAAGAUCGAAGAAACACGGUGAACCGAUAUCAGUAGACGGACACCAACAGUUGGCCUGUAAUCCGUCUACUUUACCGCAGCUGAAGGUUCCGGGUGUUCUCAUUAACUCACCAUGGAUUUUCGGCUGUUUCUCGCGUUUGGCCUGGCCCUGGGGUGGCAAGGGGCGACUGGACAGAACGAUAUCGGACUGACCAUCCCCGAGUCGGUCAAGGCCGUGAUUGGGGAUCCGGUCACUCUUCCUGCGACUUACACCACCAAGAACCAGGUCAUAUCUGUAGCGUGGUUCAAGCUUGAUCGUCAGGACAGAGCAAAGAGGACUCUGAUCUACUCGUACUACCCGAUGUCUGGAAGAGGGGACGUGGAGGGGGCUUACGCCGGUAGAGUGGAGCUUGUCGGGAAGGCGUCCUUGAGAAUCAAACGGACCAAACUAGAGGAUGACGGGACGUACGUGCUUUCGGUCAUGGUUGAAGGGUCAGGGGUCGCCGACGGCUUCGUCACGCUGUCGAUCAUGGUACCUCCUACCGUCAAAGUGGGACCUUCCAAUCCCUACAUCACGGCCUGGGGUAGGUCAGGGGUCCUGACAUGCGCAGUGAAGGAUGCUAAGCCCAACAUUACGUCACUACAUUGGGAAAAAGAUGGCGAAGUAAUCGACUCCUUGAGAUACAGUACGAAGUACUCCGGAGGAACGAUGGAGUCUCCCGCCCUGGAAAUACGUCAUAUAAGCAGGACCGACUCAGGCGUUUACGCAUGCGUGGCUGGCCAUACUGUGCGAAGCUCAAGUGCGAGUUUAAGGAUGAAAGUUCUCUACCCCGCUUCCAUCAUCAGUAUCUCGGAGCCAGUGACGGCCACCGUGUCAGAUAGCGUUACUCUGCAGUGUGUGGCGGACGGCAACCCCCCUCCCAACAUCACGUGGUCCAGGAACGGGAUACUCAUGCGCAGUAACGUGGGCACGGUACCACGUGACGUCAUCAUCGGGGCCAUCCAAUUGAAGAACGUCCAGACAAACGACACGGGGACGUAUCUGUGCAAAGCCAGCAAUGGCGUUGGGGACAUUAGCACACGGUCUACAGCACUCACCAUUAAAGGAUUGAGAGAUCGAGUCGGCGCCUCAACAGUUGCUGUGAUUGUUGGGCUGACAGCGGGACUCCUGUGGCUGGUGGUGUGUGUGGGUCUGGUGGCAUACCUCGUCAGGAGACGCCAAAGGCAGAAGGAGAAGAAAAAGUUCGCCUUCUAUUACAACAUGGGGAGGAGGGAGCCCGAUGUGGGAGAUGGAGGGGUGGAGGAGGACAAAGAACCGCCGCCGUACACUGCAAUGCCCGCCAAACCUGAAACGAAGACAUCCAGAUACGGCGGCAUCAACACUGUAAGAAGAUCGUUAGGAAAGAAAGACAGGAGAUAUGCCCGAGCCUUAUACGGCUAUCGACCUCGAGAAGACAAUGAACUGACCCUUGAGGUGGAUGACGUCAUCGAGGUGCUGGAGGGGGAAGAUGGCGGCUGGUGCCUGGGUUACCUGAGGGGCAGGAUAGGCCUGUUCCCCUCCAACUAUGUCAGAUUUAUUUCCGGAAGUGAAGCUUUGGCUAUGAAGUCUGGUGGAGCCUGCCAGAACGUCGUGCUGCAAGAGUCUGUCGGAUCCCAACGAAGCAUAUGAAGAAAUGCACCAAAGAUCUCUUCAUCCGUGAUCGAUAAGGACAAGUUUUAGAUCUCCUCAGCAAGACUAAAGAGAAGGUUGUUCGCUUGGCGAAGAAUAAGACAACGAUGAUCAUUAUCUUGUUGAAACAAGAUCAUGAUAGUUUCUUCACAAUGGGACGUCCGGAAGAAAUCAUUGUGGCGUCGUCGUCUACUUCACUCUGGAA